AUGUGGCGCGUCCCACCAGUAAUGCUAGUAUGGGGGGUAUCAGUGACCUGCACAGGCUUCGCCUUGAAGCCUCGCAGAAUAGAACCAUCCAUCCAAAGUAGAUGGUCCAACCGACGAGAUGAUGGCUUUCUUUCUCCAAACAUCAUUCGACAUAAUCCACUCGUGAAUACCCACUAUAAUACUGUGGAUCCUGUCAGAAUACCGCGAGGAGGUGCCAUUGACUCCAAGAGCCUCCGAAGAGAGGAAGAAGAGGAUAAUGAAAUCUUGGUAUCACCACAAGAAGCACGGAGACGGCGUGGCAUGGGAGCAGCUCUGGCUGCUACGUACUUUACCGUCAUGGCCAGCAAAUGUGCCUUACCGGCUGUACUGGGACAAUUAACCUCUUUGGAAGUUGGAUUAAAGUUCGCAACAACUAGCACCAAACCAAUCGCCACAAAGACACCUCAGGUACUCAUGGCUCAGUUAUUGGCCGUAUCCACCAUUGCCAUUGCUGCUGGAAAGUUGUUUUUGGGUCCAGUGAUUGAUCACUUUGGAGGUGUCUUUUCGCUCAAAGUGGCGUUGACGUCACUGGCACUCUUGUUAGGGACUAUUUCAGUAUCGGAUUCCUUUCGAGUUUUCUCCAUCUGCUGGGUCAUUGUCGAUUUCAUCUUCUCGUCCUGCUGGGCAGCCUGCAUCAAUGCUAUUCAUCAGAAUUUCCCAGAACAAGAAUGGACUAACCGUAUUGGUAUACUGGCAGCUGCUGCUCGUACGGGUAACGCGGCAGCCUUUGCCUUCUUUGCAUCCUUGCUGGCAGUGGCUUCCAAAGAGAUGACUCAACCAUGGAGAAUAGUAUUUGCCUCAUCAGCUCUGAUACAAGGGAUCCCCAUUGCCUUAUUGAUGUACUUUGGAAGUAUGAAACGAAACGUUACAACAUCGAAUUCUACAACGGCAACAACACCGAAAUCCAAACGACAAGUCGACAACAAAGUGGAAGAUGAGGAACAGACAAAGCGUGUCAUUGCCACUCCUCUGGCAACUCUACGGAGAGAAGCCAAGACACCCAUAUUUUGGUUGCAUCUGGUGUCUCGCUCUCUUCUCAUGGUCUUUGCCAGCUUUUUGCUCUUUGUACCUCUACUCAUGAACCAAGCCUACGGCGCCUCCUCUGCCACGGCUGCCCAGGUGGGGUCUUUGUAUGCUCUCGGCUGUCUCUUAUCCGUCUCCCUUGGUUCCAACCUCUACGCCAAACUAAGCAGCAACAAGCACAAGGCCUUAUCGAUUGCCGUCAUGCUGGGCAUGGCCACCAUAGCGUCGGUGGCACAGUGGGGACACAUGGCGGGUGUUUGGCACCUCUCCUUGUCAGCGAGUGCUGCGUUCCUAUUCCUCUGGGGUUUCUCCUUUGCAAUCCCGUUCUAUAUCCCACCAUCGCUAUAUGCAUUGGAAAGAGGAGGAGUGGAAUCUUCCGCCACUAUUGCUGAUGUUUUUGAUGUUGGAGGUUUUGGUCUGUUGGCUAUGUUCAAUGGCUAUGUGGCAGGAAUCCAACACAGCAAGAUCGCCGCUUGGAUACCCACAUUCUUUUUGACAACAAUUUGCUCGGCCGUUGCCAUGGUUUGCUUAGUUCUAGCAACACUGUUGGAGGAACCUAAGGACUAG